UGGGGGCAAUUGGGUCCCGAAGGACGGUACGAGGCUCGAUUGGUCGGUUAACGUUCCGCGGAGGAGUAUUAGGGGAUUGAUGGCGGUGGCGAUAGCGAACGCUUUCGGUACUUCCCAACAGCUCCGCCACCGUCCUUCGGGACCUCCCAGCCUACCCCGUUGCCCCUUUGCCGGACGGUGGAGGCUCGCCAUCUCUUCCCACGAUGAGGCCGUAACGGAGAAACUGUGCCUGCUGGGUGCAGCGGUGGCGUCCCAGUCGGUGGGGAAUUCCAGCAAGCAGCUUGCGGGCAAGCGGAGGGUCUUCUUCUUGGACGUGAAUCCCUUGUGCUUUGAUGGGUCCCGCCCGAGUCUCCGCUCCUUUGCGCGAUGGCUCGACCUUUUCUUCUCCGAAGUUAGCCUCCGGGAUCCCGUCAUCGCCGUAUUGGAUGGAGAAGAAGGGAAUGAGUAUCGGAGGCAUCUGUUGCCAUCAUAUAAAGCACACAGGAAGAGAUACUUGAGGCAAUCGCGGGUAUUGCGGAGUGCUCAUGAUACUUAUCAAAGCACCACCGAGUGCAAAGUUAUAGACGUUCUCCUGAAGUGCAACGUGCCGGUAGUCAAAGUUCAUGGAUAUGAGGCAGAUGAUGUAGUGGCAACAUUAACAGAUCAAGUUUUAAAAAAGGGAGCACGAGUUGUUAUUGGGUCUCCUGAUAAAGAUUUCAAGCAGUUGAUAUCUGAAGAUGUUCAAAUUGUGAUGCCCAUGCCUGAUUUUGGUCGAUGGUCUUUCUACACAUUGAGACACUACAUUGAUCAGUACAACUGUGAUCCAAGUUCUGAUUUGAGCCUUCGGUGUUUCAUCGGUGAUGAAGUUGAUGGUGUUCCUGGGAUUCAGCAGUUGGUUCCUGGAUUUGGUCGCAAGACAGCCCUCAAACUCUUGAAGAAACACGGCUCUUUAGAAGAUUUACUUAGUGCAGCUGCAAUAAGAACAGUAGGCAAAGACUAUGCACAAAAUGCACUCACAAAAUAUGCUGAUUAUCUGAGAAGAAAUUAUAAGGUUCUUAGCCUAAGGAGGGAUGUUAAUGUUCAGCUUCAAGAUGAUUGGUUAUCAGAAAGAAACACUAGCAAUGACUUGGUAAUCUUGUCAAACUUUCUCAGAAAGUUGGGGGAAAGGCCUGAAGGCCAGAAGCUAAAUAACAGAGAAAGAAGCAAAUCCUUUGAGAGCAGAAUCUCAAAGGGUGAUCGAUCUGUAUAUCUCGGUGAUGGUUGAGGACGACAACUGCUUGACCAAGCAGAUAUUUUGUUUGGUUUCCAGCCUAAAGGAAAUAGCUAUUCAUGCAUUGCAUCAAUGAUGUCUUUAUGCUGCCUUCUUCACCGAGAUUAUACCUCAAAGGGAGAGUUGUAUCAGGUUGUGCUUCAUGCCUAUAUAUGAACUUUUUUUGCAUUUCUGCACCAUUGACCAUGUCCGUAACAUCAUCUGCCUUCCCUGACCACUAGUGGAAUGACACACGGUGGGCCUCUGCGACAAAGCAUAUGCGGAAAUUAUUUAGCCUAUAUUCAUAUACUGCACAGUGUUCAAAGGGUUCAAACUGUGGAGCCCAACUAAGACAUCUGCCCUCAGGACUGCUUGCAGAGGUGCUAAAGUUUAAUAAGAUGACACUACUGGAUCAGAUGAUAGGUGGAAUCUGAACACUGAUGAGGCUUGUUCCUUGUACUGACUCAAUUCCUGGUGAGUAUCCAUGCAACAUGUGCAAGCUCUUGAACAGAAUAAAUGAUGGUCAUUCUACUUUACAUCGGAAAGACUCCAUGUGUGAAAGCCACAUGAGGUGUUUUCACUUUCUUGUCUUCAGUUCCAACUCUUGAGACACAUCACAUGAACUGGCAGAUCUCAGAAAUGUGGAGCUUUAGUUCUGCUCGGAGCUCAAACAAGCAGAAUCAUGUUCUUUGAGCUUAUAAGAGGACAUGAAGGUGAGGUUUGUCCCAAAUCAUUUAAAGCAGUGUACUGAUCUGGACAUGGAAGAGUUCCAGGUUGGUGUAGAAUGAGCAACUUGGUGACUUGAAUUAACAUUGAAUUCCUAAGUAGUGUCAGAGAUUUUAGCAGCUC